UUUGAGAUUGCGAACAUGGACAUGAAGAUGGGGUCAAGCCUGAAGAUCAAGGGCAAGAUCGCUGACGGGGCUAAUGGCUUUGUGAUUAAUUUGGGCCAGGGGACAGAUAAACUGAACCUGCAUUUCAACCCACGCUUUGGUGAAUCCACCAUCGUCUGCAACUCACGUGAUGGCAACAGCUGGGGGGCGGAGCAACGGGACAAUCACAUGUGCUUCAGCCCAGGGUCAGAAGUCAAGCUCAUCGUGACCUUCGAGAACAAUGAAUUCAAGGUGAAGCUGCCAGACGGGCACCAGUUGACCUUUCCCAACAGGCUGGGCCACAGCCACCUGAGCUACCUGGGUGUGCAGAACUUCCUCGUCUCCUCCUUCAAGCUGGAGUAG